AAUAGACACUCAGCAACCAAGAUUGCCCUGUUACAACGGAAAGGAACCCGGAGUUUCAAGAACUCGUCAAAACACUCGCUAAGUAUCACAGUCAACAACCGAGAAUAGAAAUGGCCAACUUUCGGACGAUCGUUCGACCAUUCCGCGUCCUUGGCGCAUUUAUCGUGCUCUCGCUCUUGUGGGCUAGCCUCAUUUCCGCGCACGGCACAGCUGUGUCCGCCGACCGGGUAUCGGAAUGCCCUAUCGCUGAAAAGUGCCCUUACUAUGAGCGUAUCAAAGUUCAACGCCAGGCACGCCAGAGUGCCAGCGGAGACGACGCUGAAGCGCACCACGGCUGCCCGCUGAAGAGCGGAGGAUGCCCUUACUAUGAGCAGCACAAGAACGACCAUAAUGCUGAAGAUGCGCUUGUGGAGCCCGGAGAUGCCUGCCCGUUGGCGUCAAAGUGCAAGUGGUACCAGGAUAUCAAAGAUGGCAAGGCGAACUCCGUUGAUUUCAACAAAAGCGACUGCCCAUUGAAGGACAAGUGUCCCUACUACGCUGAAAUCAAACAAGCCCGACCCAACACAGACAGAGUCGACGCCGCCGGCAAAAAGGCAUCGGACUGCCCCGUCCUGCACGCCUGCCCGCACUUUUCAAAGGAAGACAUCAAAUCUCAGCCCCAUCCCCACGGGCAUGCGCACGAACACGGGCACCAAGCGGCGAAAUGUCCUCAUUUGCAGAAGGUUAAGCAGCAGGAGGAGGCGGAGAAAGCGGCUGCUGCUGCUGGUGGACGUGAUGAGUUGUGAGAAGUGUGACAACAUUGCGCACUUACGCCAGUUUUUGCUAUCCUCAAACCGGGAUGGUACAGUCGGCUUAAAGCCUUGGGAGCACGUAAAUUGCGGAAUGGGGCGUUACGACUUGGAUCGGAAUGCAAAGAUGCUCCAUGGAAAUGUGUAUUGAAGAUACAGUUGUUGCGAAGCGAAACU